AGGGCGGAGGGACGAAGGGAAGGAUGUGUAUAUUAGAAGCGGUCGCUGCGAGUUGCAUGCAGAGUUUGAUCACCCGCAAGAUGGAGUCAUUGAGCGUAAGCGUACUGGUGGCGAUGCUGUCCCUCGUCGCCGGCUCGCCCAUCCCGGACGAUCCGAAUCGACUCAUCUCCUUCGCCGUGACGACGGAGGCGCCCACGACGCCGCUGGCCGACGUGCACCAGAAUCUGAGCUCCGUGUGCCAGAGCAUGCUGCCCAGCCACAACAACUCGCUGCCGCAGAACUCGGACGCGCCCUACAAAGUCUCCGCCUCUCCUGUGAAGGUGGCCCGCGGGGGCCAGGUGACAGUCGAGUUGGCCGGUCUGGAUGACGUGCAGUUUAGGGGCCUCUUCGUCCAAGCCCGCAACGGGAACGACGAGCCAGUAGGACGUUUCCUGUCAUCUGACGACAAGCACGUGACGUUGACCAACUGCGGCAAAGGGACGAACAACGCCGUCAGCUACAUCAGCUACGACCCCAUAUCUCAGUUCAGCUUCCGCUGGCUGGCACCGGAAGAGGCGACCACAGUGAGGUUCAGGGCCACCGUUGUGAAGUCCUUCUCAGAGUUCUGGUUUGGAGUCGAGUCUGGUCCUGUAGUAGUUGAGGACUAAAUCCAGAUGUCUUUGGCAGUGAAUACAAGAUUCACCACGCCGCGCUGUGUAUCGAGAGCGGUGUGUACUAGGAUGCAGUAUCAGCAUCAUAAUAUCUAUUACAGUUUAUGUACUGUUCGACUAAAUAAAAACAGUUCGAAUUAGCAAGUUUA